UAUAAAGCGUGCAGACAGGCGUCUAGUUAUACUGUUAUAUUGAACGUAAGAAUGGGCAAAAAGAGUGACUUAAGGGACUUUGAGCGUGGUAUGAUCGUCGGUUCCAGACGCGCCGGAUCCAGUAUCUCACAAACAGCCGCACUCUUGGGCUUUUCACGCACGGCAGUGUCUGUGGUUUACCGAGAAUGGCGCGACAAACAAAAAACAUCCAGUCAGCGACAGUCCAGUGGGCGUAAACAGCUCGUUGAUAAGAGGGGUCGAAGGAGAUUGGAAAGAAUCGUGCAAACUAACAGGCGGGCUACAAUUAGACAAAUAACGGCGCAGUACAACAGUGGUGUGCAAAACGGCAUCUCGGAACGCACAACUCGUCGAUCCUUGUCACGGAUGGGCUAUAGCAGCAAACGCCGGGCAAACGAAGAGUGGAAAAACAUCGCCUGUGUAGAUACGGUACGGGAACUUGUCCUGGACAACUGCAGAUCAAAUGAAGGGAAAAUCAAAGGCCUUACAGAAGAAUUUGUCAAUCUGGAAUUCCUCAGUUUGAUAAACGUUGGCCUAAUCUCAGUCUCCAACCUUCCCAAACUUGGGAAACUGAAAAAGUUGGAACUCAGUGACAACAGAAUCUCUGGUGGCCUUGACGUGCUAGCAGAGAAACUCCCCAACCUCACACAUCUAAAUCUAAGCGGGAACCAACUGAAAGACAUCAGCACGUUGGAACCUUUGAAAAAGCUGGAUGCCCUGAAGUCUCUAGACUUGUUCAACUGUGAGGUGACCAACCUGAACGACUACAGGGAGAGUGUGUUCAAGCUGCUCCCUCAGCUCACCUACCUGGACGGGUACGACGUGGAGGACCGGGAGGCGACCGACUCGGACGGAGAGGUCGACGAUGACGACGAUGAGGGAGAGGAUGAGGACAUAGAGGAGGAAGACUUUGACGAGGAGGAUGAUGACUAUGAAGAGGAGGGAGUAGUAGUAGGAGAGGAUGAUGAGAUCAGCGAAGAUAAGGAGGAGGAAGACCUUGGCAUUGAUGAUGAAGUUGACGAAGAUGAAAUCAAGGCUGUUCAAGGAGAGAAGAGAAAGCAAGAGCCUGACAACGAUGAUUAUGAGCAGAAAACGACAGCCUAUCAAGUUACCAACCCCUUCCCUCUCCACCCUGACGCCCACCCUGCCUACGCCACGACUCUCUCCCAGCUUUGAGCCUGUCUAGGGUAGAGGUUGACCGAUUUAAUCGGAAUGGCCGGUUAAUUAGGGACGAUUUUUUUAAAGUUUUCACAACAAUCAGAAAUCUGUAUUUUUGGGCGCCGAUUUAAAAAAAAAA